GUCUAUAUGGAGAUAGAGUCAACAAAGAUAAGACUUAACGCACUUGGUAUUUUCUUUAAGUUUUCAUAUAUAAAAUAAUUAGAAUGUUAAACAUGUUUCAAAAAAUCAUACUUAGCGUUUGCAUUUUAUCACUCGUAGAUGCAAGUUCUGAAGACGAACAAAUAAGCAUUAAGAAAGAGGACUUAAAAGUAUUGAUGAAUAAAAUGAAAACGUUUGAAAGUGUCAUCAAGGAACAGGCAGAUUUGGUUCGAAAUCAGCAGGAUACAAUAGAAGAGCUUAAAACAUCCGUCCAAAAUCAGAAAAUCGUCAGUGCCGAACAAGAAGCAAAACUGAACCUGUGCGCCACGAAAGCGGACAUCAAAAGACACACACACAAUGGUCGAAGGCAAUCUUAUGACAACACGGUAGUAGCUUUCUCAGCUACCCUGAAUCAACGAAAUGUCGAACAUAUUGGCGUCCAUCAGAACAUCGUAUUCUCUGACGUCAUUACCAAUAUUGGCAAUGGCUACAACAAUCACCAUGGUCUCUUCAUCGCACCUGUCUCUGGAUUGUACAUGUUUUCGACUACAAUAUUAUCCGGACAAAAUGUAGAAUAUGUAGCUGCAAUUGAAAUUAAUGGAUCUGAUGUAGUCAGGAUGUUUGAGAGAGGCACGGACAAUCGUCAUGGAUCUGCAACACAAACCGUUAUCGUCCAGCUGAAGAAAGGUGACGACGUUGCUGUACAAAGUUUGUCAGCAGACCACACCUACUGGGGUGACAGAUACUCAAGUUUCUCUGGUGUGCUCCUGCAGGAACUCGAAACUCCUAGUCAAAUAGUUGGCUGAAAUUAUUGUGUCUAAUAGAAAUGAUUUUUAGCAA